CCUUUUUCUGUCACUCCUACUUUUCUUGUACAACCCCUACUCUCUUUCUACAACCCCUAUAAAAACGGAAAAAUUUGCACGUAAAAUUCAUAGUUCCAUUAGUCGUCGAGAACACAGCUUCUUCAGACAGUUCAGAAUGGCAAAUUCUCUGCAGUUAUACACUCCGACAAAACCCACGGACUCCGGGUGUUUGGUUUGCUGCCACCCCGAGGUCUCUCGUCGGGCAACGUUGUAUUGGGGAAAUCAAGAACCCAUUUGCGAGGGCUGCUACAAAAAAAUACAUCUUCAAGCAGCAGCCACUGAUGCACACAACACACAACCACAUCAUCGUUCUAGAAUGGAAAAUUCCCUGGAGUUACUCACUCCUAGGAAACUCACCGACGACAAAAGGUGGUGCUCACUGUGCUCCGACGCCGAGGUUCCUCAACGCGCAACCCUGGAGUGUCCAAAAUAUGGACCUCUUUGCCGCCGCUGCUACAAAAAUAUCUGGGAGUUGUGGGAAGAGUGCAAGUGGAUUGGACGUCGAUAACUCUUGCCGAUUAUUAUUAUUGGAAAUGCCCUAUGUCUAUUGUGUUUUUUUUAUCAUAAAAUUUUGUUUAAUUAAUUAUUAUUUAUUAUGAUAUAUUUUUUUGUAAAUAA